AUGUCCAACAUCCACGUCUCCUCGCACCCCUGCGUCCGCUCCAAGCUCUCCCAGCUCCGCUCUGCCUCGACCAACGCCCGCCACACCAAAGCCCUCGUACACGAAAUCGCAACAAUCCUCGGUGUCGAAGCUUUCGCCCAUGGCCUGCAAGCCCAGCAGACUGGCACGGACACAUCCCCUCUCGGCUAUGAAUACACCACCGAAGACGUCUCGCUCUCCACCAUGACCCUCGUGCCCAUCUUGCGCUCUGGUCUAAGCAUGGUGGACGCAGUCCAGUCGCUCCUCCCAUCACCAAUCUCAGUCCAUCACUUGGGCAUGUAUCGCGAGAAGAGCACGCUGCAGCCUGUGGAGUACUACAACAACUUGCCCUACCAAAAAGCAGGAGAGUCGUCCAAGAUUCCUGAGUUGGCCAUUAUCGUAGAUCCCGUUAUCGCGACUGGGUCAACUGCAUGCGCAGCGAUCGAGACGUUGAGGGAUUGGGGUGUCAAGAGGAUAAUUUCGAUUUCGAUAUUGGCUAGCCAGGCUGGUUUGCAACGAGCAGCGGAGUCGUGGCCGGAGGCAGUAGAGCUCUGGGUAGGAGGGGUCGACGCGGAGACUGAUGCACAAGGCAUGAUCAAGCCUGGGCUGGGUGACAUUGGGGACCGCCUCUACUUGACCUUGGGGAAGUGA